UGGGGUCCCCGCCCCUGGGCCCCUCCCCCGCCCUGGGGGGGGCUCUGGGGUCCCCCCCGGCCCUGGGGGGGGCUCUGGGCUCCCCCUUCCCCCGUCAUCAGCUCCUCCAUGGGGUCCCCCCAAAACCUCGCCUACGGCACCGGCAGCGGCGCGCAGCUGGCGCCGGCGGUGGGGCUGGCGCUGCCCCCCGGGGGCGCCCCCGAGGACGUGAAGCCCCCGCUGGGAAUCCGGGCAGCCCAAAACUGCGGCGGGGCCGGGAAACGGCUCUGCGCCAUCUGCGGGGACAGGAGCUCAGGCAAGCACUACGGCGUGUCCAGCUGCGAGGGCUGCAAGGGCUUCUUCAAGCGCACGAUCCGCAAGGACCUGACGUACACGUGCCGCGACAACCGCGAGUGCGUGGUGGACAAGCGGCAGCGCAACCGCUGCCAGUACUGCCGCUACCAGAAGUGCCUGGCCACGGGCAUGAAACGCGAGGCGGUGCAGGAGGAGCGGCAGCGGGGCAAGGACAAGGAAGGGGAUGGAGAUUUCGGGGUGGCCCCCAACGAGGAGAUGCCGGUGGAGAAACUUCUGGAAGCCGAGCUCGCCGUCGAGCCCAAGAGCGACGACGGCGCCGGCCCCGGCGGAGCCUCCGUGAGUGAAAAAUUCACAAAUUUUGGGGGAAAUUUCCUCAAUUUUGGGGAUUUUGGGUGAGGGGAGAGAAGCCCUGGGAGGAAAUCCCAAAAUGCCCCGAAAUUCCUGGAGAAAUCGGCGAAAAUUCCACCAAAAUUGGUGAAAAUUCCCAUUGGAUUGAUAAACAAUUUCCU